AUGACGGCUCUGGGUCUUGUGGGACUGGGCUGCCCGGGGCAGCGUCUACAGAUUGCGUGCCUCCACUUGCUCACGUGCUCCCCCUCCAUGCGCCGGGGCUCCCCCUCCAUGCGCCGGUGCUCCCCCUCCAUGCGCCGGGGCUCCCCCUCCAUGCGCCGGUGCUCCCCCUCCAUGCGCCGGUGCUCCCCCUCCAUGCGCCGGUGCUCCCCCUCCAUGCGCCGGGGCUCCCCCUCCAUGCGCCGGUGCUCCCCCUCCAUGCGCCGGGGCUCCCCCUCCGUGCGCCGGGGCUCCCCCUCCAUGCGCCGGUGCUCCCCCUCCAUGCGCCGGUGCUCCCCCUCCAUGCGCCGGGGCUCCCCCUCCAUGCGCCGGUGCUCCCCCUCCAUGCGCCGGUGCUCCCCCUCCAUGCGCCGGUGCUCCCCCUCCAUGCGCCGGGGCUCCCCCUCCAUGCGCCGGGGCUCCCCCUCCAUGCGCCGGUGCUCCCCCUUCCUCCCACUGCCUGCCCUUGCUGCCCCUCUCCCCCACGUGCCCCUCACCAGUUAUGCUCGCCCUCAAGUCUUCGCUCGGCGUCACCCUCACCAACUGGUUGUCAAAAACGCCGUGCCUGAUCUCGGGGCAGACCACCACGGUGACAGUCUGGACUGGCGUGCUCUGUGA